UAGUUUAGUCCCUCAGGCGCAAGACUUCGGCAACCUCGCCUAGCGGAAACCCCGAGGCGAGAGGAGAUAUAGACUACCCAGGACCAGCCCCAGAUUCGCGGGAGCCUAAGCCUGGAAGAGGGAGAGCAAGGCCCGGAUUCCUGGGUCCCGAACUCGGCUGAUGUUUGAGCCAGCAUGUCGCGGAGGAAGCAAGCGAAGCCUCAACAUUUCCAAUCCGACCCCGAAGUGGCCUCGCUCCCCCGGCGAGAUGGGGACACAGAGAAGGGUCAACCAAGCCGCCCCACCAAGAGCAAGGAUGCCCAUGUCUGUGGCCGGUGCUGCGCUGAAUUCUUUGAGCUAUCAGAUCUUCUGCUCCACAAAAAGAACUGCACUAAGAAUCAAUUAGUUCUGAUUGUCAACGAAAGUCCAGCCUCCCCACCCAAAACAUUCCCUCCUGGCCCGUCUCUCAAUAAUCCUGAUGAGCAAAUGCAAGACACAGUGACCAGAACAGACGAAGAAGAUUGCAGAGACCUUUCAGAACACAAAGGACUUGACAGGGAAGAGUCCAUGGAGGUGGAGGCCACAGCUGUCACCACUAGCAGCAGCAGCAGCAGCAGUACGUUGAGUGGCGUCACCAACAUCACCACCCCAAGCUGCCUCAGCGGCUCCUCCACGGGUACCUCAGCGAUCACAACCUCUCUACCUCAACUCGGGGACCUGACAACACUGGGCAAUUUCUCGGUGAUCAACAGCAACGUCAUCAUCGAGAAUCUCCAGAGUACCAAGGUGGCAGUGGCCCAGUUCUCCCAGGAAGCGAGGUGUGGGGGGGCCUCCGGAGGCAAGCUGGCCAUCCCAGCCCUCAUGGAGCAGCUCCUAGCCCUGCAGCAGCAGCAGAUCCACCAGCUGCAGCUCAUAGAGCAGAUUCGUCACCAAAUACUGCUGUUGGCGUCUCAGAACGCAGACCUGCCAGCAUCUUCUAGUCCUUCUCAAGGUACUUUACGAACGUCGGCCAACCCCUUGUCCACACUAAGUUCCCAUUUAUCUCAGCAGCUGGCGGCGGCAGCUGGAUUAGCACAGAGCCUUGCUAGCCAAUCUGCCAGCAUCAGCGGUGUGAAACAGCUCCCCCCAGUCCAGCUACCUCAGAGCAGUUCCGACACCAUCGUCCCGCCCAGCAGUGGCACUUCUCCCAACGUGAGCCUAGUGACGGCGGCAGUUCCUACCCCAUCCUCAGAGAAAGUGGCUUCCAGUGCUGGUGCCUCCCAUGUCAGCUCCCCGGCAGUCUCAGCGUCAUCGACACCAGCAUUCGCAAUAAGCAGUCUGUUAAGUCCUGCAUCUAACCCACUUCUACCUCAGCCGACCCCAGCUAACGCUGUUUUCCCCAACCCUUUGCCCAACGUUGGAACAACUGCAGAGGAUUUAAACUCCCUGUCUGCCUUGGCCCAGCAAAGAAAAAGCAAGCCACCAAAUGUCACUGCCUUUGAAGCAAAAAGUACUUCAGACGAGGCAUUCUUUAAACACAAGUGCAGGUUCUGCGCAAAGGUCUUCGGGAGUGACAGUGCCUUGCAAAUCCACUUGCGCUCCCACACCGGAGAGAGGCCCUUCAAGUGCAACAUCUGUGGGAACAGGUUCUCCACCAAGGGCAACCUGAAAGUUCACUUCCAGCGCCACAAAGAGAAGUACCCCCAUAUCCAGAUGAACCCCUACCCCGUACCGGAGCACUUGGACAACAUCCCCACAAGCACCGGCAUCCCCUAUGGGAUGUCCAUCCCCCCGGAGAAGCCGGUCACCAGCUGGCUAGACACCAAGCCGGUCCUGCCCACUCUGACCACUUCCGUUGGCCUGCCAUUGCCCCCGACCCUUCCAAGCCUCACGCCCUUCAUCAAGACAGAAGAGCCAGCCCCCAUCCCUAUUAGCCAUUCUGCUGCCAGCCCCCAAGGCUCAGUCAAAAGUGACUCUGGGGCCCCUGAUUUGGCCACAAGAAACCCAAGUGGGCUCUCAGAGGAAAGCGAAGGGUCUGUUCUGCCACCUUUCAGUGGAAAAAGUGAAGAGGCUGGUAUGGCCAUCGGCUCAGUCCCAACAGCAGGCAACAGUGCCCUGAGUUCCCCAGUGGCUGAUGGUGGCCCAGGGGGGGGCGCCUUCACCAACCCUUUGUUGCCUCUCAUGUCUGAGCAGUUCAAGGCCAAGUUUCCUUUUGGGGGCCUCUUAGAUUCAGCCCAGGCCUCAGAGACAUCGAAACUGCAGCAGCUGGUAGAGAACAUUGACAAGAAGGCCACAGACCCCAACGAGUGUAUCAUCUGCCACCGGGUCCUCAGCUGUCAGAGCGCCCUGAAAAUGCACUACCGAACGCACACCGGGGAGAGGCCCUUCAAGUGUAAGAUCUGUGGCCGGGCCUUCACCACGAAAGGCAACCUUAAGACCCACUACAGCGUCCACCGGGCUAUGCCCCCACUCCGAGUGCAGCACUCUUGCCCAAUCUGCCAGAAGAAGUUCACCAACGCGGUGGUCCUCCAGCAGCACAUUCGAAUGCACAUGGGGGGUCAGAUCCCUAACACCCCGGUCCCUGACAGCUACCCCGAGUCCAUGGAGUCCGACACGGGCUCAUUCGAUGAGAAGAAUUUCGAUGACAUAGACAACUUCUCGGAUGAGAACACGGAAGACUGUCCUGACGGCAGCAUCCCGGAUACACCCAAGUCAGCCGAUGCUUCCCAAGACAGCCUGUCCUCGUCGCCUCUGCCCCUCGAGAGCUCGAGCAUCGCUGCUUUGGAAAAUCAGAUGAAGAUGAUCAAUGCUGGCCUGGCAGAGCAGCUGCAGGCCAGCUUGAAGUCAGUGGAGAACGGGUCGCUGGAAGGGGAUGUGCUGACCAACGACUCAUCCUCCGUGGGCGGCGACAUGGAGAGCCAGAGUGCCGGCAGCCCGGCCAUCUCCGAGUCUACCUCUUCCAUGCAGGCUCUGUCUCCCUCCAACAGCACUCAAGACUUUCACAAGUCUCCCGGUGUGGAGGAGAAGCCACAGAGAGUGGGGCCGGGCGAGUUUGCCAAUGGUCUGUCUCCCACCCCAGUGAACGGGGGCGCUUUGGACCUGACCUCGAGUCAUGCCGAGAAAAUCAUCAAAGAAGACUCCCUUGGAAUCCUCUUCCCUUUCAGAGACCGGGGUAAAUUUAAAAACACUGCUUGCGACAUUUGUGGCAAAACCUUUGCUUGUCAGAGUGCCUUGGACAUUCACUACAGAAGUCAUACCAAAGAGAGACCGUUCAUUUGCACAGUUUGCAAUCGUGGCUUUUCCACAAAGGGUAAUUUGAAGCAGCACAUGCUGACACAUCAGAUGCGAGACCUGCCAUCACAGCUCUUCGAGCCCAGCUCCAGCCUCGGCCCCAAUCAGAACUCGGCGGUGAUUCCCGCCAACUCCUUGUCAUCUCUCAUCAAAACGGAGGUCAACGGCUUUGUGCACGUUUCUCCUCAGGACAGUAAGGAUGCCCCCACUGGUCACAUCCCUUCGGGGCCUCUGUCAUCCUCUUCAACAUCCCCAGUUCUACUCCCGGCUCUGCCCCGGAGAACUCCCAAACAGCACUAUUGUAACACGUGUGGGAAAACCUUCUCCUCCUCGAGUGCCCUGCAGAUCCAUGAGAGAACUCACACUGGAGAGAAGCCCUUUGCUUGCACUAUCUGUGGAAGAGCAUUCACAACAAAAGGCAAUCUGAAGGUCCAUAUGGGCACUCACAUGUGGAACAGCACCCCUGCACGCCGGGGCCGGCGGCUCUCCGUGGAUGGCCCCAUGACAUUUCUAGGAGGCAAUCCUGUCAAGUUCCCAGAAAUGUUCCAGAAGGAUCUGGCAGCCGCGAGGUCAGGAAGCGGGGAUCCGUCCAGUUUUUGGAACCAGUACACGGCAGCACUGUCCAACGGGUUGGCCAUGAAGGCCAACGAGAUCUCUGUGAUUCAGAACGGUGGCAUCCCUCCAAUUCCUGGAAGCCUGGGCAGCGGGAGCAGCUCACCUAUCAGCGGGCUGACAGGGAACGUGGAAAAACUGGGGAAUUCCGAACCCAGCGCUCCUCUGGCUGGCUUGGAGAAAAUGGCAAGCAGCGAGAACGGAACCAACUUCCGCUUCACCCGCUUCGUGGAGGACAGCAAAGAGAUAGUCACAAGCUAAAGAUGCCGGAGCAUUUCCACUCAGAAUGCUGCCCCGAGGUUGCCUCUUGCCCCAACCCCUUCCUUCCCUUCUGGCCCCUGGGACUAUGAACUACACUAUGAAGACAUUCUUUUGUACUUUAUUCAACCUCUAGAGUUCUAAGAAAGCUUAUUUAUUAGUGCUAUAACCUUGCUUUGCAAACAGAAUGCAAGCAUUAACUUUGGUCUUCUGUAUUUUGGACUAAAUACUAAUGGACUAGAGUGCUAUAAGCUUGCUGUAACAUUUAUGGCAAUCACAAGUUGCCCUGCUAGGCGGUCUUAAUCUGGCAUUAACUUAUUUUCUAUAUCCAGUUUAAUAUGAAUCUGGUGUUGAUGCAAUGCCUCCGUGAUGCGUAGAUCUCUAAUAAAGUCUGUAUAUAAAUGUACACUUUGAUCCUGCUGGGAAAUUUUAUCAGCAACCACAUUGUCUGAUCUUUCCAAACAGAUUGAAGGGAAGGACUUUAAGUACAGGCUGAACAUUCGAAGGGUUUGGGUUUUGUGUUUGUCUGUUUGUUGUUUGUUUUUGGUUUUGUUUUCAUUUUUAUUUUAAACUUCAACCUGCUUUUUGUUGUUGUUUUUAUUUUAUAGAAUUAACCAUUUCCGUUUUGAACUGCUAUUCGUAUUGUGCUUUUUACUUGAGUCAUCUUCGGUGUUAAUAAGUUUCUGUACAGUAAUAAGCACGCAGAAUUCUUUAGAGAAAAAAAACCACAAGUGUUGUUUUGGUAGUUGAAACUGAGACGUAGGAUUUUUGCCUUGUAGGGUAUAUUCACAGUAGGAAACGUGUGCUGGAAUUUCACAAUGCUGCUAAUGAUAGCAUCUUGAACAACCUUCAGUGGAGAAAUGUCGAUGCUCUUGUAUAUACAAUAAGAAAUAUCACUUUCAUUAAAAUGUACAUAGGUUUCUCACAAGAGCAAAUGCUUCUCGACCGAGAGCGAGUAUAGUGUUGGUUUAUUUUGUAUUAGGUAAGGAAGGAGAAAAAAACGGACUGUGACAUGCACUUUCUUGGAAAGAUAGAAGCGGGGAGGGAUUCCGAUUUCUUUAACAUUUAAUGCUUACUAACAACAGAGAUACUGUAAUUUUGCUCAAGUAAUCAAAUACAUCCUUUUUUUUGCAACAGAUAAAACAGCAUCCCGUGUCUGUGUUUUUAGACUGCAUUUCUCUCUAGCCAGGCCCCUAAAAGUAGUUUACCAUUUCCCCAGGUAGCUGUAAAUUGCGUGUGUAAGCGAGUAUCUCCUCUAAAAAAGACAUAGUAAAAGGCAUAACAGAAACGGGCAUGCAUGGGCCUGCAUUUUUGUUUUGGUUUGGAUCCCCCCCCCCCCCGUUUUGUUGUUUUUUGUUUGCUUGCUUGUUUGCUUGCUUGCUUGCUUGCUUUUGAGAUCUGGCAAUCUACCUAUUUCUUCAAUAUCCAUUUCUUGUUUGGAAAUGUAUAUUAGUUUCCACUUUUCUCCCACUCACUCCACCUCCCAAGAGGGGGGGGGGGAUAUAAGCUGUGGUUGGAGACCUCAUCCUGACAGGUAAGUUCCCUCCAACGUGAUCUGUGGACUUAGAUUUCAGCUUUAACUAUUCUAGUUCCGUUUCACUUGAUUCUGUGGCCUGUUUUUUUUCAGGCAACUGAGAGCCGCCUUGCUGGAGAAUUCCCCAUGCAGCGGGGUUAUAUAACCUGACUCAGAAACUGGGCCUCAACCCAGGAGGUCAAUAUUUUCUUUAUUUAAUUAGUCUUUUAGGCAUUUAAAAGCACAUACAUGUUUAAAAGGAUGAAAGUCUAUUAUUCAGAUCUGUAGGAGCAACUUGAAUCAUUUUGUCAUCCAAGUUCACCUGAGUCUUCUUUCUGCCUUUUGUUCUGGGGGCAUGCUUCUGUGCACAAUUUUAGGGGAAGCAACAGACAGGGUGGAAGUUGUCUGCACAGGGGCCAAUGAACUCCUUUGUCUCAGGGAGGAGAUGACUCUCACUAAACCUGACUGUACCCAGGUGAGGACUCCCAGCAGAAACUCCCAUAUUUGUCCCUAGACUCCAAAGCCCAGAAAGCCUCUAGGGUGCUUCAAGCGCCAACUCAGCCUCAGCGUCCAACUGACAGUUAGGGAAAGCCCCUGUUCUUGGAUCAGACGUCACCUGACUGGGCUUCCAAACCAGGGGGAGGGGGUAGAGUAGGGGUACAGUGCGGAUGCCUUGGUUCCCAUUCAUCCCCGGAAUGUUUUCUUGCUGCCCUGCCUGCAACAUUUUUUUUCCUACAGGAGUGAUCACCGAAGGAAGAGGUCAGAUGCUCGGUCGCUGAGAGGCGACGGCCUCGCUGGUCUCGUAUGCAAAAAAGGGGGGGGGGCUGGCGCCGCGCUCCUGGCUCCGGCUUGAAGCCUGGUGACAUCGGGGCGAUCCCCGGGCUGUGGCCACCGUGAGGGGCCAGGCAGUGACAGCGCCUCUGCCACCCUCCCCGGCCACCGCGCGGCCGCUGGGCCCGCGCUCACACGUUGCUGCAGGCCCGCCUGGUCCCCAAGUUUCGCUUGCGGUGCUCUUCCCAGAGGGCUGCAAGGCAGUUUCCGCGAGGGGGCAGGGGCGGGCGCUUUUCUCUUAUCCCCCGAACCUCUCUUCUAGCGUUUUCUGCAAGCAAGUUAAGACAAACUAAAGUAGCUUUGGGUUCAGCCAGAUUUUCCAAGGCCUCCUAGGCCGCCGUCCCAGUGUCCCUGCGCCCCUUCUCCCGCCUUUUGUUCGGACCUAUCUGUAUUGAUUGAUUAUCAUUCUAAUAUAUCGAUCACUACCUGCCCCAUUUCCCUCUACAUCCAUUCCAAACACAGAAAAUGCAGAGCCCAGGGAUAAACACAUGCUUGGCCUUUGAUACUCAUCCAGGAACUGGGUGGGUUCCCGGCAGAAGAUGGGAGCGCGCCUUACCCAUCUCCAAUUCUGCCACUAAGCUUUCUUUUCCCUUUUGGAACCUGAGAGACAACCCGGUUGUUUGGAACCAGGUUGGCUGAACUAAGAAAGGUCGCUAAAGACUGGAACGACACUUUAACGUUCAUAAAAUUUUAAAACUAAAAAUACUCACUUUGGUGACAUUUUUUAAAAUGUGGUUGGUGAAGAUACCCAAAAUUUCAGCGGUGCCAACGGUCCACAAUUUACCAACUUUAAGGACUUGUUUCUGCUUCUUAACCCCUUGUGUCAGGGUCUUGCCCUGCUAUUCCUUUUUGAUUCCCUCCACCCCUCCCCCCUGCCUUGCUUCCUCUCCUCCCCCAACAAGGGCCUCCCUUCCUGGAAAACACCCUUGGAAAAACAGUUGAUGAUUGACAGUGACUUGGGGAGAAAAAGAAGUUACCACCCUUGCUGGCGGAAGCUACCUAAAGAUCCUCAAGUGUGUGUGUGUGGGGGGGGGGGAUGUCCUUCGAGGAGGAGGGCGCAGGGAUAUGGAAAGAAGGACCUUACAGAUCUACCGAAGUUGGCUUUGGCUUUUCACGUCCCAGCUUCCCAAUUCAGAUUUAUAAUGGCUGUUAGGGCAUGGGGAGGCAACAGCGUUUUUUUUUUUUUUUUAGUUAUAUAUUUGUUUUCUAAAAGUGUUCAAACAGAAAGUCCGAAAUGAUUAGCAGCUAACAUGGACUGCUAGCAGUAGGUUAUUUGCUUAUUGCUUUUGGCGUGUUGAGAAUGUCAAGAAAGAGAAGUAUAAAAGAAAAAAAAAAAGGGAAAAGGGCUCCCACUCCGUUAGAACUUCGCAGUUCUGUUAGAAAAACAAAGCCAUGGGUUUUUUGCUGGGAGUUACACACUCCACCCCAAAUGAAACAAAUGACAGAGAGCUGUACCAAAGCGGGAAGAAGAAAAAAAAAAAUAAAGCGUAUUUCAAAGGGUCCCUCGGAAAGGCAGCAAUCUGAGAUGCACAAAAAAAGUGGAAAAGGAUAAGACAGGAAUUAGGUCAUCUGCUCCAGACCCCAGGAAAUAUGUUUAGAUCAAAGACUGCACUGUUAGAAUAAACAAAACAGGACCCACUGAGCCCUCCCAAUAUUUUCAUCUCAGCGCUAAGAGCCGCCAAUCUCACAAGCUCUGUUUGAUGAAAGCGGUAAAAAUCCCAACUGUAAAAAUGACUAAGUAGAAAAAUCUCCUCUCCACUCUAAUAGGAAGAUAAAGACUUAGGUUUGUGCUGAAGAGAAACAACAUGUGGGCCCAGAUCAACACAAACUUCCUGGAAUUUUAGCACCGAGUAAAUUAUCUCGUCCUAGCCCAUUGUCUCUUCCUUUGCUGCCCCCCAUCCUGUACAGUUGAGAAUGCCAGAUAAUUUACAUUUUAAAAUAUUGUUAAAUUUUAACUGCAGUCUAACACUGCAGGCCUUAUUUGGGGCUCACUUAUUUUAUCGUCCUUAAGAAUCCAUCUCAGUUUUGUUUCCCCAAGCAGCCCUCUGUCCCAGUGACUUGCCCCUUAAGAGGCUCUUGGGUGUGGGUGUGCUUUUAAGCUUAGUCUUAAAGCUUGUUCUUUUUCCACUGAAAGAUGAGAUUGACGGAGGCUGAGAGCUUAGAUCUAUAAACCUAGCUUUAGAUCCACACGAUUCAGCAGUGGUUGAUAGUUUAACAACUAAGCCCAAGUCUGAGUAAGGCGUUCUUUUACCGCCGAGCCGAUGGCCUUUAAACCAACUGCCAAGGAACAUGGGUAGAUAGAAACAUCCAGAAAAGGGACAGGAAAUCCCAGAGAAGGAAAAUGAACCCGGGCUAAAUCCAGGCCCCUAGAUCCUUACUGAGUCUGGUUUCCUCUCAACUGUUUCCCUGGGUUUCUGCAACCCUCUGAGCUUAUGUUGAACAAAGACGCGUAGAUGAUGUGUUGACUUGGCUGGGCCCUCUGUGACUCAGGACACUGAGAUAGUAAACAUGAGGCUCUUACAGACACCCCAGGAACAGACACUUUUUGCCCCGAGGAGGGCAAUUCCAGGAUCAGGCUUUUACCUAGUUUUUUUGUGGAGAACUUUGCAGAUGCACAGAUCACAAAGUUAGAAGCUCCACAUCAGUCUGUCUUUGUCGGAGGCAGAGGGGACCUCCCAGCUUCAGGAAACACAGCUAGAUCCUGACACAGAAGUCUGCCAGGGCAUGGAUGAGACUGGAGACACAGAUCAUAAUCAUGGCUCCCUUUGGUAGGAGGCCCAGAUGGCCCCUGUGAACUCGGGUGAGAUUGUAACUGCAGCCACUUAAUUCCCGACGUUCACAACAGGAGAAGGAAGGCUGACCUGGUAGGCCUGUGGUACUUCUUCUGCACAUCUGCAUUUCUAAGUACCCCAUCUUGUAUCUGAGUCACCCAAGUCCAUUUGACAGAUGAUAAAACUGAGGUCCAAAAGGCAGUGACUUGCGGGCUGGAGAGAUGGCUCAGUGGCUCAGCAGCUCAGUGCCCU